UCAAUCCUUGAGCAGUUGAAUGAUAUUUCCACCACUAUGAACAAUGAAAUAGAGAGUAUUCGUCUUAUUGACCACCCUAAAGGUUUUGAACUACUCCCUAGCCGAUGUGAAGCUACCUCUAUCAAAGUGUUGUUAGAGAGACAUGGGCUUAGCUAUCAGGUAGAAAUCAAGUCCAAUGUUGAGUACAUAUCAACAAAUGGACGGUUUCCUGUGCUCAUCUUCAAUGAAAAGGAUAUCGUAUGCGGAUUUGCUGAGCUGGUUAAAUAUCUUUGGAAGAGAGGUUACAGUUUGAGUGAGAAAUUAACGCAAACUGAGAGGUGUGACAUGGAUAUCUACACAGCUCUUAUCAAGAGAUUAGAGGCCUUGGAACUGUUUACAUCAUGGCUGAUAGAAGAUAAUUACACGCAUGUUACACUACCAGCGUAUACUAGCCACACUACCUGGCCAUUAUCAGCUAUACUACCCUUCUACAAAAAAAGACAGGUAUACAGACUAGUCGCUAGUCAAGGACAAUGGCACGACAUUAGCUCUGAAAUGUUAAUGGUAGAAACUAAAGACGUAGCUAGUGCUCUGACUGAAAGACUGGGAGACCAGGGUACCUUCUUCAAAGACUCUGACACUGGCCAGGAUUUGGUUACAGAGCUUGACUGUCUGAUAUAUGGACACCUAAACGCCAUCUUUAUGACUAAGUUACCAAGCUACCGAAUGAAAAGAGCGCUUGGUCUUCACUCCAGACUUAUUGAGUACUGUAAAUAUGUUGAGGUGAAGCAUGGACUGAAGGCGCAACGCGAACGGGAGCGUGAACGGUCAUGACGGAAAUGAUUUGAUAGUUCGAUUCUUUGUUGAUGUUUGGGUUCCUCUGAAUGAGAGUUGCUUUCAUUCUGAAUUAAGUUAUGAUGCAAUAUUAAGGCAAAUUUUAAUGGUGAUUUUACAAUUUCUAGGUUAGGCCUGAAAUCUUCUAAUACUAUCGAAUUCGACCAUUGGAUUGAAAAAUUGUGCUAUUUAUAUUUUAUGGUUUGUUGCCAACAUCUAAUUUAUAAUGUUCUAUAAUACAUUGUUUCUAAUGAGUUCAUUCAUACUUUAGUUAAUAGCAUAACAUUAUGUACGACACAUUUUUAUAUGAUAGGCUACAUAUUAUGUAAUGUUUUAUAUCGGAAAAAACAAAACUUUCCUCACUACUAAA